GAAAAAGUAAACUAUCUAAUAAGAAUUGUAUUAAUUAUUGUUUGCCUAUAAGUGAUGUUAUAGCAAUCAAAGGUCUGCACGUACCUAUCAAUUCACUACUACUGAAACUCUAGUACAAUAAAAUAAUAAACUUAAGAGCGGUACUAUUUUUGACUAGAUGCUGCAGCCUAUUUUAAGGAAAUAACUGCAGAAAAUGGCAAAGCAAGCUGCAACAUGGUGCGUACAUGCGAAACUAAAAAUAGAAGCAGAACAAGGAUUAUGCUACUUUAAGCAUAUGGAUAUUUGCAAACUUAGGAGGAACAAGAAAAACAAGUAAGGAAAGGCUAAGUUCGGGUGUAACCGAACAUUUUAUACUCUCGCAAUUUAUUGAAGAAAUUUUAUUAAGAUAACGCACAAAUUUACCCAUAAAUUCGGCAUAAAGUUUAAUAGAAUAACGAAAAUCGUCCUAUAUAGUGUAUGAGGGCUGAGGUAAUUCCUGAACCGAUUUCAUUCAAUUUCACCAGCAAGGUACACUAUAUCCAAUACUAUACGCUCACUUAAUUUUGCUAAGAUAUAUCACAUAUUAACCAAUACAUAUAUGCGUAAUACAGCCCACCGAAUUUUUGAAAAACCUUUAAUUAGGUAUAUGGGAGCGAGGGGAUGAUAUUUUUGCAAAACCUAUAAUUAUGUAUAUGGGAGCUAAGAGAUGUUGUGACCCGAUUUUAAUAAUUUUUGGAACAGAGACACACUAUUGGAAGAAAACAAUUUCCUCUUAAUUACAUUAAAUUAGUUGAGAUAUUUACCCAUAUUUUCGGUUAAAAUUUAACCUUAGGCGCUGAGUUCAACAUGUUCGGUAUCUGGGGCCUUGAAAAGUUAUAGUCCGUUUUCGACAACUUUUUCGCAAGUGAUGCCACAGAUCAUAUACUGUAUUUGUGUAAAGUUUUAUUUCGCUAUCAUCAUUGGUUCCUAAUGUAUAUGUUAUAAAGUGAAGGAUUCAGAUGGAAUUCAAAAGUGAGUUAUAAAGAAAGUAGUCGUGGUUGUGAACCGAUUUCAUCCAUUUUCCACACAUGUCAUCAGGGUGUCAAUAAAAUAUUAUAUACCGAAUUUCAUUGAAAUCUGUCGAGUAGUUCCUGAGAUAUGGUUUUUGACCCAUAAAAGGGCGAUGCCACGCCCAUUUCCAAUUUUGUAAAAAGAUCUGUGUGCAGCUUCCUUCUGCUAUCAUUUCUGUGAAAUUUUGUGUUUCUGACGUUUCUCGUUAGUGAGUUAACGCACUUUUAGUCAUUUUUAACCUAACCUUUGUACAGGAGGUGGGCGUGGUUAUUAUCCGAUUUCUUUCAUUUUUGGACUGUAUAAGGAAACGGCGAAAAGAAAUGACUGCAGAAAGUUUGGUUUAUAUAGCAUUAUUGGUUUGCAAGAUAUAUAUAAAAAACCUAUUUGGGGGCGGGGUCACGCCCACUUUUCCAAAAAAAUUACAUUCAAAUAUGCCCCUCCCUAAUGCGAUCCUAUGUUCCAAAUUUUAUUUUCAUAACUUUAUUUAUGGCUUAGUUAUAGCUCUUUAUGUGUUUUUGGUUAUCGCCAUUUUGUGGGCGUGGCAGUGGUCCGAUUCCGCCCAUUUUCGAACUUAACCUUCUUAUGGUGCCAAGGAACACGUGUUCCAUGUUUCAUUAAGAUAAUUUUUACUCAAGUUACAGCUUGCACGGACGGACAGACGGACGGACGGACAGACAGACAUCCGGAUUUGAACUUUACUCGUUACCCUGAUCACUUUGGUAUAUAUAACCCUAUAUCUAACUCGUUUAGUUUUAGGACUUACAAACAACCGUUAGGUGAACAAAACUAUAAUACUCUCUUUAGCAACUUUUGUUGCGAGAUUAUAAAAAUUAAAGCUUAAGCUGAAUACCAUUGGUGGCUACAAUGACAAGUCUGAAAGCACUAAUAAUGUUGAGGAAUACAAUUUGGAAACAUGUUCGUGGGAGAGCAUGCCUGCAUUGCCACAGCACUUACGGGGCAUGAAUGCGGCGCUAUUGAAUGAAAGCAUCUACGUUUUGGGAGGUUGUGUGCACAAUGCAGCUGCGCAAUUGGGCACUGUGUAUAGGUUAGACAAUAACGGCACAGAGUGGCAGCAGGUCGACAAUUUGUUGAAACCCCGUUUUGAAGCAAACGUCACGGUAAUUGAGGAUAAAAUAUACGUUUUUGGUGGCUUGUCAGCUGCAGGAACACCACUUGCCGAUUGUGAAUGCUAUGACGCAGUGAGCAAUACUUGGACACAAUGUGCUGAUAUGCUGGAACCACGCGGUAAUGUUGGUUUGACAAUAGCAAAGGGGCAUAUUUAUGUGUUAGGCGGUACAAAAAGUGUUGGUGGCGUUUGUGUGCAAUCUUAUGAUCCAUUCAAAAAUGUGUGGACAAAGAUUUCUCCAAUGAAUAUUGAACGUAGCAACACAUGUGGCUUAUAUCUAAACGAACGCAUUCUAGCCAUUGGCGGUCUGGCAAAUUCAAAGGAUAAUUAACAGAGCUCUAAAAACAACAUUGAGGCGCCGAAGUUGUUCAUCUUGCUUCUGAUUUGAUUAAGGAGACAUUAUUAGGCUGAACUUACAAUUUAACAUUUUCAAUAUUGUGAUUGUUAACUUAUAAAUUUUGAACGUAAUAAUAUUAUUUAUUAUUAUUAAUUUAGAUGUAAAAUAAUGUUAAAUUAGCAUCUAUAUACAACUGAAUGUACAAAUAUUUGUGACAAUCGCAGUGAAAUUUAAUUUGUAUUGUAUAACAACACAAAAAAUCAAUACUUUAAACUUUUGAGAAAUUGUAAAUUAUAAAAAUUUAAUAUUUAAUACUAACUUUGUAUGUAAAAUAUGUAAAUUUUGUUAAU